GACAAGGAUAGAUCUGUUACUACGUCUGGCGACAUCUUCACACAGCUGAAGUCCGACGUAUUCCCCUUCGAAGUCGUUCGCUCCAUGACGGAAACGCUCGUAAAAAACAUCUCUCUUCCAGAAGAGUUUAAAAGUAAAGUCUGGUGGUGCACCAUGGCAGACGAGCAUUUAUCACUGCAGAAAUCCGUUUCCAUGGUGAUAAAGCUGUACAGCUUCCUCACCACACAUGCCAGUGAGGGCCAUCACGUGGCAGAAUUCAGAGAGCUCUCACAGAUGUUUUUUAAGGACCACUUUGGUGGUAAAACGAUGCUGCUCUCAUUUCUGGGCAAUAUUUGGGCCAGUGGCGCCCCCUACAGUGAGACACCAGCAGUCCAGGAAAUUACGCCCAUCAUGAAGAUACGAGCUUUGCACAUCGGCAAGGUUGCGCUUGAGAUGGCCACCAAAAAUGAUGUUUUGACUGCAUUGUCAAUUUCUAGCGAUGUGCUGCCAUCUCUCCUAGUGGCAUUGGCAUCGCCUCUUCAACCAAUCAGGAGCUGCACUCUACAAUGUCUGCAAACAGUUAAUUCUGUGUGCAAGGACGACAAUUAUACUAAUAGUGUAUUGAUAAAGGCUCUCUGCGAGAGAGCUGAGGAAAUAAUAGCUGACAGGAACUAUUUACCUCAGCUGUUCCGCGAUCUGUUUUCCAACGAUGUUGCAUCCCCGCAAAAAAGGAGGAAGUCUGUAUCAAAAUCCAAGAUGGGCUCCAAAGUAUUGGAGGGAAUCGUCCUGUGUGCAUCCAGUGAGGAAACUUCCGACUUUGUGCAGGAGAAACUACUCUGGUGUCUAUCUGAACUCAACAGCAAUGAAGUGCUGUUACUUCUACAACCGCCGCUCGCACGCCUGGUGGCCCUGGCGAGGGACGACUCAGCCAGCAUGAGCCGACACCAGGUGGCGUCGCUGCAGUUCAUCCUGCGGAAGUUCACGGAGCUUACGGCCGGCAUUCUGAGCGUGGAGUUGGAGCUGUUCCAGCUGUUCCAACAAGCGCUGCUCACCCCCCGUCGACCUCAGGCGGACAUGCUCAGCCCGCAGGCGAUGGCAUUUGCUCAGCUGACGAAGCUGGCGUUUGCGGCGAUGUCGCCCGCCGCACAGCAGACGUUGCUCGCGACCUUGAUCGACCUUCUCGUCGACGGCACGGACGCCGACGUUGUCGACGACGUCCGACGCGCGCUCAAGACGAUCGCACUCGACGCGCCGCGCCUCGUCGCGGAGAUCGACAAGCUGCUGCGGCUCUACGCGACAGAGGGCGCCACCAUACGCAAGCCGAGGAGCGCGCGCGUGACGCGGGCGGCGGCCGAACGCGGCGACGCGGUUGCCAUGGAGACGGAGACCAGUGAGUCUACCACCCCACUGAUUGACGAUAGGCCGUGGCGACGAGUGAUAUUGAUCUUAGAGGUCAUGCACCAGAAGAAAAAAAUACGCAAUAUCCAGCUGCUUGUGCCCUGUCUGUUCACCCUACUCGGAAGGUGCCUAGAGAUGGAGGUGACGCCAUCUAGCGAGUACGUGAAACAACUGCUGCUGUCGUGCGUGCAGCACGCGUGCACGCGUCUGUCGCCCGACCACGCGCCCGUCGACGCCACCACGCUCGCGCCGCGCCAGUUUAACGUCGAGCUUGUUGUCGCGUGCAUCCGUGGCUCGGCGAACCCUCUCACGCACCAGCACGCACUCAUGCUGCUCACAGUCGCUGCACAGAUGUUCCCCGUGCAUGUGUUGCACAACAUCAUGUCCAUAUUCACCUUCAUGGGAGCGAACCUGCUGCGACAGGACGAUAGCUACAGCUUCCAAGUGAUCAGCAACACUGUCAAGACGGUGAUCCCUGCGAUGGUGAAGGCCAGCGAAGAGAGCCAAUCAGAAGAGGAGUGUUCGGACAUGAUUGUCUCUAUCGUCCAGGUCUUUGUCGAUGCUUUUCCGCACAUUCCCGCCCACCGCAGGCUCCCUCUAUUCACCGAGCUCAUAAACACCGUCGGCAGCCGGCGCCAUCUGUGGACGGUUCUCGCACUACUGUUUGAACUGCAUGUCACGAAGACGGCAGCCGACGUGCCAGAAUGGCACGAAAAGACCUCCCUGCAUCCAGAUCUGGAGUUCUGCCUGGAGCUGUGUGCGGCGUUUCCUCCCAGCACCCAGGCGUCAGCGAUGCGGAGUCUCUUUGCCCACAUGCAGGCUCUCCCUCAGGAGAAGUCGGACGAUCCCCAUGGCAACCAGCAGACACCUGUCAGAAAGACGCCGGCGAAGCGGCAGAAGGUGAUUCGUGGCAUGAAGGAGUCCACGAAGCAGCUCUUCCAUGUCAGCCAGCACACGUCCAAAGAACUGAGACAUUUCAAGUUUGUCAGCAUCCACUUUGCAACCUUGCUGCUGUCCUGCCCCGCGUUUGUUGCCCAGGUUGUGAACUUGAGCGAUGUGGGCGCAGAGGCUAUGAAACCCGUGUACCAGCUUCUGCUUGAGGAAACGCUGCGUGCCAUCUAUCAGCUGGCUCGCAAGGCUGACACGGCCACGCAGAAACCCGUCGGCAAGUUCCACAAGGCUCUGCUGCACAAAGCGUACGAUGUACUGGAGAAGGUGAAUUCGCUGUUGCCAAGCGAAGCGUUCCUGUCCGUCAUUCAAGGGCUGAUGGGUAACGAGAGAUUGUCCAUCCGCCGCAAAGCCCUCGAGUUGCUCAACAGUAGACUUCAUUCACAGCUCUACCAACAACAGGCAUUCUUUAAGCAGGAGCAGGUGCCGGUGCUGCUUGCACUCGUACCGGAGCUGCUGGCUGUAGCACAGGAGCAGGAUAGUGGGCAGGAGAUGGCUGUGAACAAACAGACUGCACUCUUCUCCCUGAAACUGCUGUGUAGAGCCCUCGGUGACGAACAUCCGGAUACGUUCAAGAAGGUGCUGCACGCUGUCAUCGCGAUUGUGACCGAGGCAGGUCUGAACGCAGCCGUGCUGGCGAGUGCUCUACUCUGUCUCGCUGAGCUCUGUUCCUGUCUGAAAGCACACACCAUCAGCUCUCUAUCUGUCAUGAUGCCAAAACUGCUUAACGUACUCAGUGAUGCCGAGCAACUUGCAAGUAACGAUCUCCUGAUGCUAAGUAGUGUUACUUGCCUGCAUAAGAUUGUGGAGAGUGUGCCAAACUUCCUCAGUCCAUACAUGGAGGAAAUCAUUUUUAGGGUAUCGUGGUUGUCUAGCUCUGAACAUGGAGUAAACACCCAUGAAGCACAUCUGCACAUUCGUCUAAAGGCCCUCAGACACAAUCUGGCAACAACAGUUGCACCUAGAGUGCUGGUGCCAGCCAUUACACAAGGCUAUACAAAACUGAUCUCUACAGGGAAGAAAGCCAUCGGGUUUUUGAUGUCGAUUCUAAGUGAGCGUCUAUCAUCGAUGUCCAAGGACGAACUGACUGGUCAUCAUCAACAGAUUGUUAGUCUUUUCAUGAAUGUGCUAGACUUCCGGACACAGCAUCCGACGCGAAUCCACUUGUAUGACUGGGCGACUAGACCAGAAACACCAAAGGAGCAGGGUACUGACUUUCUACAGACUGACGAAGCUUACUUUGACGAAGAUGAGAUGAUGCAAGUGAGCAGAAGAGUGUUGUUCUGCUGGGUUUCAUCCUCUCCUGCCUACAACAGCUGUUUCCUGUAUGACACCCAGGGCUUCGUAAACAAGGAGAGAAUUCGAAGCCUCUAUUGCAUCCACUCGCUGACCAGUUGGAGAAUCUCUGCGGUGGAGAAGCGCUGUGAUCAUGAUCAGGAAGUAGAACUAAAGCUGUUGGUUUUUAGGUGGCGGCUGGGGGCGUUGAAAGUGGUGAACAAUUCACAGCACAAGUUAGGGGAAGAAUAUAUGAAUCUUCUACCAGAAACGCUGCCGUUCCUUGGCCGAACUUAUGGAAGACACAAUCUGGCAACAACAGUUGCACCUAGAGUGCUGGUGCCAGCCAUUACACAAGGCUAUACAAAACUGACCUCUACAGGGAAGAAAGCCAUCGGGUUUUUGAUGUCGAUUCUAAGUGAGCGUCUAUCAUCGAUGUCCAAGGACGAACUGACUGGUCAUCAUCAACAGAUCGUUAGUCUUUUCAUGAAUGUGCUAGACUUCCGGACACAGCAUCCGACCGAAUCCACUGAUGUUAUUAUGGAAGUGGAAGGUCACGUGAUUGAAGCCAUUCUAGCUAUGGUGAUGAAGAUGUCAGAGCAAACGUUCCGUCCUAUGUUUUACAAGUUGUAUGACUGGGCGACUAGACCAGAAACACCAAAGGACAGGGUACUGACUUUCUACAGACUGGUAGCCAGCAUUGCAGAUAAGUUGAAAGGACUGUUUGUACUUUUUGCUGGCCACCUCGUGACCAAUGCUGCAACACUUCUAGCUACAAACAACAGCAUUAACACAGACGAAGCUUACUUUGACGAAGAUGAGGAUGAUGCAAGUGAGCAGAAGAGUGUUGUUCUGCUGGGUUUCAUCCUCUCCUGCCUACACAGCUGUUUCCUGUAUGACACCCAGGGCUUCGUAAACAAGGAGAGAUUCGAAGCCCUAUUGCAUCCACUCGCUGACCAGUUGGAGAAUCUCUGCGGUGGAGAAGAGCUGUACAAUGCUAGAGUAGAAGAACACUUGGUACCGUGCCUCGUCCAGUUUGCUGUAGCAGCCUCUGAUGACUCCCUCUGGAAACAACUGAACUACCAAGUUCUGUGGAAGUCAAGACAUGCCUCAGCUACAGUGCGGCUGGGGGCGUUGAAAGUGGUGGAACAAUUCACGCACAAGUUAGGGGAAGAAUAUAUGAAUCUGCUACCAGAAACGCUGCCGUUCCUUGCCGAACUUAUGGAAGAUGAAUCGUUAGAGGUGGAGCGAUACUGUCAAGACGUUGUUCAACUGAUGGAGAAGGUUCUAGGAGAGCCAUUACAGAAAUACUUCUGAUAGUGUGGUCUUCCUUUUAGUAACGAGAUGGUAGUAGUCAUAGAAAAUUACUGUCUACAAAAUAUUGUUUCUUAUUUUAGAGAACUGGGUCCAAUUGUCACUCAUAGUAAGCAAAACAUUAAUUAAAUAUGUAAACUGAAAAAUGUGACCACUGAAAUUUGGAGUAUAAUGAGGAGCAGAUUAUGUAAGUUCAUAUGUACUGUAGUUAAUAUUGUUAGACAUGUGUGAAAAAAACACACACAAAAAACAUUUGUUUACAACAGAA